CUCAAUUGAAUUAUGAUAGUUGUAUAAAACCAUUCUAAUUACGUAUUUGGGCAAAGUAUACUGAUAAUGAAAUUUUUUAGGUAAAACCAUAAAAUAGUCGCGAAAUAAUUUAUUUGUUCCACGCGUGACGCGCCUCCAUCGCCUCGUUCUUGUUGGAAUGGAUCAAGUUACAAAAGGUUGAGUUUUUUUUUAUUUUAUAAAUGGAUGCAGUGCAUCUCAGCUUUCAUUCACAACCAAAUGAGACUCAGAAAGUCCUUGACAAUCAUACGGGAGGAAAUGACCUAAACCAGAAUCAGAAAACUGGCACAUCAGGAAAGCCCAAAGCAAGAGUAUGCCCCCUACUAGCCAACUAGUCCCCGCAUUUGUUCCCCUCUCUGUAAAUGGGCUAUCGAGACUAACCUAUCUAGAGUAAGAAGAUCCUUGAAGCGAUCAAUAAUAGCGGUCUGGUGAUGAUCCGGCGCCUCACUACUCUGUAGUAGCUGAAUCGUACAUUUGGAAUCAAGUUCCAUGCGAACUCGUUGGUGACCGGUAUCCCAAACUAACCGAAGUCCUUCAACAGCGCCUCUCAAUUCUGCUCGGGUGAUAGAACAAAUCUCCAAGUUAAUAGCAAAAACGCUGUAGUGUAGCAUCCUGUAUGAUCUCGAAUCAGGCCACCUGCCACGACGUGACUUGAGUCAGGACGGACGAAAUCAUCUGAAUUGAGAGUGAUUUACAGGAGGCGGCUUCCAAUAUUUCCGGCCGAAUGUGCAUUUUUCAUGUUAUUAGGAUUUAUAAAUAAAUAACCGAAGAGUAUAAUUGACGAAUAAAUAGCACAAAAGAGGAUCUGGUUUCCAUUGUUUUUCUUUUGGCCAAAGGUUGACCAUAUUUCCGACCGAAAAUCUAAUUUCCCAAACAUCUCGGGCUACAAUACCACGCUUCCGAAUUUAAUAUCACGAGAGAAAAAGGAGAAAAAUGCAAAAUCUUUUACGAGUUGCCAAACCAGAAAACAACGGCCACCACAAUUUCUUUGCAAAUUCCCCUUUCUUUCUUCCGCUCUACAGCUGAGCUUCCAGCUCAUCCUUUUCUUCCCAAUCCGAAGCGCAUUUCUUCUCCAACUGCCAGACGCGAUCCUAAUCAUCUAUCUCCUUCCAUUUCUACCUUCCUUCCUUCCGCCUUCCUCCGUCCCUCCAACCACCGCCACCACGACGCCCGAGCUGUACCCAUUAGGGCUUUCGCCGUUCCUUCUUCCCCUCUGAUUGCUCGAAACAGGAAAUUUCCAACUCGCCGAUUGGAGUUUGUUCACUCUUGUGAUGCGGAUCAAUUUGGGGUUCUAAUUGGGGGUUCCUAAAUGUUGAGCUAUUGCUGCUCUCAGUCCCUUUCUCAGCGGCCGAGUCUCGUCCCUUCCUUUUCCAGGCAGUUUAGGGCUCUUAAUCGCCCUGGGUCCUCGUCUCUUUCGGCCAGGAAUCCCCGGAUCCUUGAACCCAAUUCCAAGCUUCACAAGAAUAAAUGGAGGAUUUCGUGUUUUAGACAUGAGGAUUUUACCCCUGCGAAUCCCAAGUCUGAUGGCGUUGAGCACUUGCUUCCUGAGGAGCCGCUUAAGCAAGAACCUGAACUCAGUAGUUCUUCUGCUCCGGUUAAAAGGGAUUGGAUAUCGAAUCUUAGAAAGGUGGUUGAUGUGGUGCAAAGGGCAAUUGGAAGUCGGUGGACUGUACCAUGGACUGCAGAGACCAUAAUCCAGGUAAUGCUUCUCUGGGUAGUCACAUUCUGGUUUAUAGGGUCCUGGGUUGUCCCCUUUGCAGCCCAUAUGGCAGGCGUCAACAAGGAAUCCCUAACCUUCAGAGGCCAAGCCUUAUUCAGCCUUAUCACCGAUGCCACAGAAGGUCUCGCUGGUAUAGCAAUCCUCCACCGCUGCCUUUCAAAGUUCCGCCCUCUUUCCUCCGAUUGGUUUCGGUUCACCCCGAGAGGCAACUGGAUGCUCGAUGUCGCCCUUGGAUGCCUUAUGUUUCCCCUAGUCAACCGCCUCUCCCAGUUCAACCUCAGCCUCCUCCCCAUACUACCCUCAACACCUGUCACGCUCUCUAGCGUUGAGCAGUCGAUCGCUGCACGGGAUCCCGUGGCAAUGGCUCUUUAUGCCAUAGUAGUAUCGUUCUGUGCACCCGUGUGGGAGGAGAUUGUAUUUCGAGGCUUCCUCUUGCCGUCAUUGACCAAGUACAUGCCGGUUUGGUGUGCGAUACUGGUGAGCUCGGUCGCAUUUGCCCUGGCCCAUUUUAAUGUGCAGAGGAUGCUACCACUUGUGUUUCUAGGGGUGGUGAUGGGGAUAACUUUUGCACGAUCAAGGAACUUGUUGCCCCCCAUACUCCUGCAUAGCCUGUGGAAUGGUUUCGUGUUCUUAGAUCUGAUGAAGUAGGAUGGUUCUGAGUUUCAUGAUGCUCUUUGCAAAAGGUAUUGAGCAUUUAGCAUUCAUAUUGAUGGCAUAUGAAGAAGGGAAGGGUUUGUUAUCUCGCCACGGAGAAGGGGGUGGUGUCAAGUGAAUGAAGAAGAAGAAGAAGAAGAAGAAGAAGAAGAAGAAGAAGAAGAAGAAGAGGGUGAGAAGGGUGGAGAUUUAUACGACCAACAGCAGCAGAAUGCAAGUAGAAGAAUUUGUAUUAACAGAGGUGGAUGGAUGAUGGAUCCAUACUAUUUGUAGAAGAAGUAGAAGUAGCAGUGCAGAAUGUAUCAUGUCUACAAGCCUGUAAUUAUAAUGGAGACAAUUAAGUUGGGAAAUAUUCAAUGGAAACCCCUGAAAAAAGGGGGGGAAGAUUUAUCCUUUCGAGCUCCAUGACCCUUCCAAAGCUGCGUAAAUGCGUAAUGAUAGAGAGUUCUUCACCGCAACUAAAAAUUCAUGGUUUGCAAAAGUGCAAUAGAGAAAACUAGUAAAAGGUUGUCAGAAGUGGGAUUUGAACCCACGCCCUCUUUCGAAGACCAGAACUUGAGUCUGGCGCCUUAGACCACUCGGCCAUCCUGACUGUUUGUUAAAUUUUCGUUAAUUUUAUAUAUUAUUAACUUAAUUUGUUUUGUGUGUGUGUUAACAGCCACUAGAACUGUAAUUAUAAUUUACAUCUAGUGGUGAGAGGUGUUUUUUUCAAUAAUGGUUUUCUGUAUUAUGCAUGCACCUUGUAAAACCUAGGGAUGUAAAAAAAAAAAAAAAUGCAAACAAUUGGGUAUUGUCCAAAUAUAUGGCUCAAGUAGUGUUUUUUUUGGCUAAUGUAUUUCCAACUGUUUAGCUUGGUCUAAAUUAGACUAAUGAUAUCGAGUAAAAAAUAUGUUACUCAACCCUAAUUUUGGUCUUUGUUUUCCUUUGUGAAGAAAUAAACAAAAAUGUGUAAAUAUUAAACACUAACACUUAAUACGGGUAUGAGAUGAGAAUAGUUUACGAGAUUAUCAUUAUUGAUUUUUUUUUGUACAAUCAUCUGGAACCAAGCAAAUUAUCAAAAUUGGACCUAAUCCAAAUCCACCCAAACCCAAAUGAGUUCACCAUUAUUAGUUAAUUUUAAUUUUUAGUGUUUUAUCUCUAUAUAGCUAUUCAACAUAAGUCUCUUACUCAUGCGGACAUAAAUGUAUCAUUUUUCUUACGGCAUGGAGUAUCAUUAAUUUAAUGAUGAGAAUUUUAUUACAAGAGUGAUAUGUAUUUGUUCUUUUAUAUUAGCUACUAUAUGAAAAAUUCGAAUCUGGAAUCACUAUAUUCAAAAUCAAUAGUAAUACUAAUACAAGUACAAUACUAUUAAGGUUUGCUUAAUAGUUAGACCUGUGAAACCCGGCUACAAUAAUGCAAGUAGAAGCUGCUGAUCAUGAGUUGCUUUCUGGCGCCUGCCUGCGCCCGCUCAGUCCAGUCUUCCUCCAUGCCGAUUUCACGUGCUUUCCGAUAUACGGCCAAGCUACCGCCGCCCGGCCUUACUCCUUAAAAUUUUCCUUUUCUUCUUUUGUCAGGCAACUUCCCGCAACUUGAUACCCUAAUUAACAAGUUGGCUGCUGAACUUUCACCACAAAUUACCCCUCCAAAAUGCUCUGAUUAACUAAAAACCAUUCCUAUUUGUCAAACCAUAUUCGUUGUUCUAACUCAGAGUUACGUUGAUGGGGGAAGUUUAGGUUAUGAAACUUGUAUACUUCACUUAAGUACUUAUACGAAGGUGUCACAAUUCGCGACAACCUCACUCACAUUUUGCAUUUAUAUCUUGGAUUAUUCAUAUUGAAGUUGUAAGGAUUCGAACACACCAGGUAUCGUACAUAAAUAUCCUUAGAGAAAACGAAUUGGGUGGUGCAUGAAUCGGUUAAUUAACCACAGUUACUGAAUUCCAGUCUGCUACGUACCUAGCUAAGCUUGCACAUAGAGCAGAAUCAAAUUGGUUGGGAAAA